UGGUCGGUAUAUGCUUCUCGAAUGAGAGCGUACGACGAGGCCAUGGUUCGCGGCUGGAAAGAAGAGAUCGACACGCUGCUCGUUUUCGCUGGUCUUUUUUCUGCAAUAGUAACCGCAUUCAACAUCGAAGCGUACCAUCUGUUGCAGGAUGAUCCUACACAAGCGUCAAUGCAGGUUCUCCUGCAGAUCAGCCAGCAGCUUGCCUCGUUGCAGGCAACCGGAGCCAAUGCUACCACCCAGCCUCCGAGCUUCCAAACGAAUACGAACUUUCAGCCUUCAAGCCAAAGCGUCAGAAUCAACGCGUUGUGGUUCUCCAGUCUUGUCUUCUCUCUGUUCUCUGCCCUAGUUGCCAUCAUCGUCAAGCAGUGGACUCGCGAAUACAUGGCUGCGGUGUCGCUCUCGCCGCGAGAUAACGUCCGCCUACGCCAACAUCGGUUUGACUGCAUGGUCGCCUGGCACGUCCCGGAGAUCAUGGCUCUCCUUCCCCUCCUGCUGCAAAUCUCCCUCGUCCUCUUCUUCGUUGGGCUUAUCGACUUCCUCUUCUUGCUGCAGACCACCGUAGCAGCCAUCGUGACGGCCCUUAUCGCCGUUGCGUUAAUAUUCUACGCUGCGACCACCUUGACACCUGCUUUCGACAUCCGCUGCUCCUACAAGUCCCCCCAAUCCUGGCUCUUCGUCCGCAUCAAGCGGAAUCUUGUG